AUGUCCCAGCCAUUCAGAACAGACUCCCUCCGCCCCUCCUCCCUGCCCUCUGCAACCCUCGGCCGGCGCCGUCAUUACGAACCCCGAGCUUCCGCCCUCGACGCCCCCGACGGCUCUGAAAACCUCACACUCGAGGAGCGUGCGCAGGUAAAGCUCGACAAGGAGCAUGAUCGGUGGAAUGAGAGGAUCGACAAGGAUGUAGAGGCGUGUGUUGAUGGAUUGAAAGAGUUGGUGCAGCUUGCUGAUAUCUCGAAUACCCAGCCAAACUCUCUCACGGCAACCACACUCCCUCUGCACCUGCCAGUCAAGACGUCGUCCCUGAUACGCUCCGCCUUGAAUGUCCGCGAUAUGGCUCAUGAGCUCAAGCUGCUCCUCCUGUUAUCCGACGAUAUAGGACUGGUCGAAGCACGGGACAAGGAGAAGGCUCUCUUGCGGGAAGAGAUAAGUGCAGGCAGGAAGGGUGUACUUGAGGCUGCUAUGGAAGGGUUAGGGAAGGGGCAGACGGAAGAAGGGGCAAAGGGACAGGAGAACGAGAUGGAGGUCGAGCAAGGAGAUGCCGAGGCGCAAGUGGACGGAGAGAAGGGUUCAUCUACCGGCGAACCGUCUGAACGCUUGCCCAUAGAGGACGCUGCUGCCGGCGAGGAGGGGAGCGAGAGUGGCAGCGACGAGUUUGAGCAAGUAUAG